GCGGAGUGCAGCAGCCACCCAGCAGGGACCCAGCAGGAGGAGAAGGCAGCUCCACCUGUGGCCAAGAUCCCAGAGGAGCCCGUCAAGCAGCCCACUGCAGAGAUGAAGGGAGAGGCUGGAAGCACGCUACACAAUGAGAAGUCAAAGCAGGAGGGACACAUCUGGGGCUCCAUGAGGAGGACGGCUUUCAUCCUGGGCUCUGGCCUUCUCUUGUUUGUAGCCCUCUGGAACUCAGUGACAUGGCAUCUUCAGAGAUUUUGGGGUGCUUCCGGCUACUUUUGGCAAACCCAGUGGGAGAGGCUGCUGUCCGAGUUUGAAGGGAAGGAGUGGCUCCUUUUCACCCUAGGUGCCACCGGGGUGCCUGCUCUGGUCUUCUGGGUCUUCAGUGGGCUCCUCCUGGUGGUCGACACCACGGGCAAACCCAGCUUCAUCUCCCGCUACCGCAUCCAGGCUGGCAAGAAUGAGCCUGUGGACCCCAUGAAACUACGCCAGGCUAUCCCCACGGUUCUUGUCAACCAGUUCAUGAUCUCUUUCCCCAUGGUGGUCUUCUUCUAUCCCUUCCUCAAGUGGUGGGGGGACCCCUGCCGCCGAGAGCUGCCUACCUUCCACUGGUUUCUCCUGGAGCUGGCAGUCUUCACCCUGAUGGAGGAAGUCUUGUUCUACUACUCACACCGGCUCUUUCACCACCCAGUACUCUAUAGGAAAAUCCAUAAGAAACACCACGAGUGGACAGCCCCCAUUGCUGUGAUCUCCCUCUAUUCCCAUCCUGUAGAGCACGUGGUCUCCAACAUGCUGCCAUUGAUGGUGGGACCCUUCGUGAUGGGCUCCCACUUGUCCUCCAUCACCAUGUGGUUUUCCUUGGCUCUCAUCAAUACCAUCUUAACCCACUGUGGCUACCACCUACCUUUCCUGCCUUCACCUGAAUUCCAUGAUUACCACCAUCUCAAGUUCAAUCAGUGCUACGGGGUGCUGGGAGUGUUGGACCACCUCCAUGGAACGGACACUGUGUUCAAGCAGUCCAAGGCCUACGAGAGACAUGUCCUCUUGCUGAGCCUCACUCCGCUCACUGAGAGCAUCCCCGACUCCCCAAAGAAGAUGCAAUGAAUGAGGGUCCUGGUACUAUCCUGGCUGACCCCUCAGCAGCGAGACACCAACAAGGCCUCAUGACUGCACCUGACAUUUCGCCCCUUGUAGCCACUGUCUCCAGUGAUGGCACCACUAGGGCACCAGGUCAGCUUCCCAGAAAAGCAGGGCCAAGGAUGGGGCCAGGGCUCCCCCUAACUUACUGCCCUUGACUUCUCUGACAGGAUGUGGAGUUGGCUACUGGCUGGAGGCUGUAAGGGGAACUUCCUUGAGGGCUGUCAGCGAGUCCUGGGGUCCCCUGUGGUGGGAGGGGUGAGGGGAUCCAUCCCAGAUGAUUCCAUUGUGGCAAAGGCUAGAUGCAGAGAGAGACAAAGGGGACACUGGGGGCCACCUGGCUCCAGGGAGUGUUCCUUCUGGUGCCAGGGAGCGGUGGAAGUAGGUGGCACUCUGCCUGUUCUGUCCCAGGAGGCUUUAUUUUCUCAUACACUAUUCAGGCCAAGUAGGGCCAGGACCUCUGGCAUGGUUUACAGGUCUCAGUUCUUAACAUGACAGACGUCCAGCACCACCCACACACGAACUCCAGGCCAGUGACCAACACCCCACUUCCACUGUGCCCACCACAGACAAGUCUUCCCUCUCAUGAGCAAAGUAUUGAGUUCCUCCCUGGAUCUCAAUGUAGAAACUGAAGAGGUGCCUACCAAACUCUUGACACCUUCCAUCACACAGGAACCAAAAGACAAACCGAAGAAAGUGCUAAGCUGGGAGCUCUUUCUCCCAGAUGGAAAGGUUGCUGCUUUUGGGGACACCCAAGAUCCUUACUUGGCCAGUGUCAAUCAGGAAGAGGUUAGAAUCCUCCUUCUCUCCUAGCAGAGCCCAGAAAACAUGGCUGAGCAAAGGGCAAAAUCUUUUCCUCCAAACAGUUAGCCAGUUUUAUCAGCACCAUUUAUUCAGGAUGGUUUUAGCAGCAAUACCUUCUUUUUUCCUAAAUAAACUUACCCUUUAACGCCA